AUGGCGGAUGAAGAUGCAGUGAUCUUGCAGCAGAAUCUUGAUAGGAGUUGCUGGGUAUGCUUUGCAACAGACGAGGAUGACCGCACAGCAGAGUGGGUGCGUCCAUGCCGCUGCCGGGGUUCCACCAAGUGGGUCCACCAGGCCUGCCUACAGCGCUGGGUGGAUGAGAAGCAGCGUGGCAAUAGUACAGCACGCGUAGCCUGUCCACAGUGUAAUGCAGAGUAUCUCAUCGUCUUUCCCAAACUGGGGCCUGUGGUCUACGUACUGGACCUGGCUGACCGGCUUAUCUCCAAGGCUGGACCCUUCGCAGCCGCCGGCAUCAUGGUGGGAUCCAUAUACUGGACCGCCGUCACGUAUGGUGCCGUCACUGUCAUGCAGGUGGUGGGCCACAAGGAGGGUCUCGAUGUUAUGGAGCGGGCCGACCCUCUCUUCCUUCUCAUUGGCCUGCCCACCAUCCCUGUCAUGUUGAUUCUUGGCAAGAUGAUCCGCUGGGAGGAUUACGUCCUACGCCUGUGGAGGAAGUACUCCAACAAACUACAGAUCCUCAACAGCAUAUUCCCUGGAAUCGGCUGCCCGGUCCCUCGUAUCCCGGCCGAGGCGAGCCCCUUGGCCGAUCACGUCUCCGCCACCCGUAUCCUGUGCGGUGCGCUAGUGUUCCCCACCAUCGCCACCAUUGUGGGGAAGCUGAUGUUUAGCAGCGUCAACUCCAACCUGCAGAGGACCAUCCUGGGAGGUAUCGCCUUCGUGGCCAUCAAGGGGGCAUUCAAAGUGUACUUCAAACAGCAGCAGUACAUGAGGCAAGCCCACCGCAAGAUCCUCAACUUCCCUGAGCAGGAAGAAGCCUGAGAACCCGAGCAGGUGCAGACCAAUGGUGGAUGAGGUUUUGGGGGUGAUCAGUUGGUCUCACCCUCCCACAAAUGACAUAUCGCCGGAAUCCUGCCAACAUUUGUUUUUAAACCUUUGAUGCAUCUGUGUGCUGAAAAUGGACAACACACAACAAACACGCACACUACAGAAUGUGUACACACAUCAGCAGUGGGAUUUUUUUUAUGGACUGGAAAAGUCCCCUUUGCCAGUGUUUGCGUUGCUUCUCUUUGGAGUCACCAUAAUGUUUGGGAUGUAUAACCGAUAAAUAACAUGUUAAGAAUUGGUGUUCAAACACAACCAAGAAGCAUGAAGUGAUUAACUUGCUGGAAAUCUUUCUUGAUGCUUUUCCUCCUCAAAUUGCUCCCAAGAGAGCAUGUGAAGAAACCUUUUUUUUUUAAAGCCUUGAUAGCUUCCCUUUGAUUGUCUGGAAUGCUCAUAAAAACAAUCACCUGAUAAAAUUAAAUAUUUUUAUCCGGAGGGAGGCAAACAUGGACAUGCUGAUCCCAUGGGAACACAAAAGCAAGGAUACGAUGAAACCUUUUUUGGGGGUGCAGGCAUGCAUGAAUGUUGUUGUGGCACACACAUCUUCAGGACUUGUGAAAAAUUCAAACGCCUCACUCAUUUCCCAUGCAGCCAUCCAAUACCACUGACACAAACGUUCCAACAGCAACAAUUACGAAGGUGAAUCGGGUCAACUGUACAAAUUUACCACAAGUAGGUUUAACUGCUUGAUUUUCUACGAAAAUGCACGAGGGUGGAGCUAUGGCUACAAAUGCUGUAAGUUGCUUUUUUCUCUCAGAGGAGACUGUCAGACUAUGUAAUUUUAUUGUGAAAAGACACUGUUUGGGAAUGUUUAAACUGCAUGUGUAAACUUGGUGAGCUUUUCCUGCACCCUCACAGUGUCUCAUUUCAGUCUUUUGGUAUCUGUUCUGUGAAUAAAUGUAUUUUUCCAAAUACAAA